AUGGCUGCCGAGGUGCCUGUUAGCGAUGUUCUGUGCGAGGCAAUGGAAUAUUUAUCCAAACUAGGAUCAAAUUUGCGAAUUCGAUCUGAGAAUUUAAAAGAAAAGAGAAUAAGUAAAGAAAAAUUAAAAAACUCUCACGCUGUGCAAAAAGCUGCCAGUAAAGUUCUUCUUAUAUGCGAAUUAUCGAAAAAAUCUCUUGACAAUGUAGAGACUGGAGUUCGGAAAGUGUUGUCAAUGCUGGAAGCAUCUCAAGCGCCUAUUAGUGGGCAGAAUUCCCACAAGAAGAACCAAGGAAGCAAUCGUAGAUAUCACUAUUUUGAAUAUCAGUCACGGAAAUUAUAUAUUGCAAAAAAAAUCCCGCUUAAACAUUAUAUGUCAGUUAAAGUUUUCGCAAAGGAAAUGCCGGCUUCGAUACAAGAUAAAUAUCCAGUAUAUUAUGACUGUAAAUUAAAACGUCUACGGUGCAAAGUAUCAACAAAAUACAAAACAAUACCAGAAAUGAAUACCCUUUCUGAUAAAGACCAGUGCAGUGAAAAGUCUAUUUGCAGUGAUGUUAGAGAAUUAAGUGAUGAUGAUGACUAUAAUCAUAUUGAGAAAAAUAGUAAGGCUUUAGAAGAUCAUUGCCAGGAAAAAGUGUCCAAUCAUGAACGAUCAACAUCUAAACCCAUUGUUGAAAGCCAAGAUUCUCAAUGUGACAGAGAAGACAGAGACCAUUCAAUUAAUCAAAUUGAAGAAAAGGCAAGAAAUGAAAAGGAGGAAAGUAAUAGUAGUAGUAGAAAUCAGAAAAAGAAAAUUCAUAGCAAAAGUGAUCAAGAACCAAAUACCAAUAACAAAUCCAAUAAGAUUAGAUUUGCCGAUGUUUACAGUUCAGAUAGCAAUGAAAAGCCAAAAAAAUCUGAAUUCAAGGCUGAUAUGAAAAAGGAUACAAUAUUUGUUCCAGACGUCCAGAAUAAUAAUGAUCAUGAUGAUAAAUGUGUAAGUGAUAGUUCUAACAAAGAACCUAAAGCAAAGAAAUUAAAACUUACUACAAGUGAUAAUUUUACUAGUCAAUUGGAUUCUGAUUGUGGUGAAAAAAAAUCUGAAACAGACAAGAAAAUUUCUAAUCAAGACUUGUCUAACAAAGAUUCAGAUAAUGAUUCAACAUUAUCAAAACACUGUGAGCGUAGUCAACCAAGCUCUGACGGAGAUUCUAAGCCACUUAUAAGAUGUGUAAACUUAAGUAAAUUACUCAAACCUGGUAUCUUAGGUGAUAACAGUAAAUUAAAUAAUGUUGAACAGUCUGAAGUGAAGAAAUUGUCUACAAGUAAGAAUGACAGACAUUUUAUUAAAAAAGACAGACAUAGAAAGAAACAUGGACUAAGUGAAAAGGAAAACGAAAAUAAAUUUUGUUCACAAAAGAGAAAAGAGGUCAGGGAGUUCAAAGCCAAAAACUUUACUGUAAAUAUUAUUAGGCUUCCGAAUUUGUCAUUAAACUUUUUGCUGGAUAAUAAUCUUAAAAAAAUAACUAGGCAAGGUAAUAUUAUAUGUGAAGUACAAAAUGAAAUUGAUACACCUAAUUCAAAGCAAAUGAAAGCAGUUAAAAAUGCAUUGCUGAAUGAUUCUGAAUCGGAUGAAUGUUCAGAAAUGCCUGACGCAAUGCAAGUGAAAAGAUCUCUUCUUAAAGAUUCUGACUCAGAGCAUAAUGCUUCAGAUGAAGAGCAUAGCAUGGAACCUGAUAAACGUGAUGAAACAAAUGCUCAGGAAGUAACUAAGGACGUAGAGUCUGCAAAGGACGGACUUUCAGAUAAUUUAAAAAACAAUCUAGUAGAAGCUGACAAAGAAAUAAAUUGCAAUAGUGAAAGUACAGUUACUGACAAUAUGCACCCAGAGGUGUGCAGUCCUGAUGAGGAACAAACAGAUAAUUGUGAUCAAACACCUGGAGAAAAUACAGUCAAAGAUGUAGAAGCAGAAGGUAAGUGUGUGGGCUCUAACACGCAGCCUAGUGAAAAUGAAUCAGAAACACCCAAUAUGUUAAAUCAAAUAGUGAAAUCUUCACUUUUAAAUGACUCAUCAGAUGAAGAGUUUGCUGGAUUCAGCAAUAAUGAACUAUGCAACAUAUCCAAACCAAAUGAAUCUAGUGACAAUAGGCUAGUAGAUCAAAAUAAUAGUGGUACUGAAGAGUGUAAUAUUCAGUCAAAUGAAAAAACACCAUCAACUUCUGCUGGGAUUGAUGAAACAGUAAAAUCUGCACUCUUAAACAGUUCAUCAGAUGAUUCUGCUGGAUUUGGCAACCAAGAUAUAGAAACACCAACAAAGACCAAUGAAAAAACUAAAUCUGCUCUCCUAAAUGAUUCUUCUGAUGAAAACCAGCAUAAAGAUGAAGAGGAAGAAUCUCCUACCAAAGUCAAUCAGAAGGUAAAGUCUUCUCUGUUAAAUGAUUCCUCAGAUAUUAAAUCAGAUGAAUCUCAUGAUCAAAGAGAAAGACAAAAAACUCCCAAGUCCAAAAGAAAAUAUGCAAGAAGAUGCAGGGAAGUUAAGAAAAAGAUUAAAUAUUCGUCAAGUUCAGAUAGUGACCAAGACAAGCCCAGGCGUGAAUGCCACAGGAAAAAGUCAUAUAUUUCAAGCUCAUCAUCCAAUGAGGAUAUUAAGAAAAAAGUGAAUAAGAAAAAACCACUUAAAAUGGAUUCUGACUCCAAUGAUAAGAAUAAAAGUAUUGACAAAGUUGAUGGAGCUGUCGAUGAGAAAUCUAAUUCCAGUGUUGACAAGGUUAGGAAAUAG